AUGACUGGAACUCUGCUGCUACUGAUCUGCCUUGCUGUCUUCACUGCAGAUGCCGAGGACAAAUCAAGGACGGCCGCUUACAGGAGGCCCUCGUGUGCUGGUAUGAGUGCAACACAGGCUUGUCCCCUAAACUACUCUCCUGUAUGUGGGAACGAUGGCAUCACUUAUCCCAACGAGUGUGCACUCUGUGUACACAAACUGGCGACCAGUGCAGAUAUCUUGAUUGUGAAAGAUGGACCAUGUUGA